AUGUCCCUAGUUUUGAAAAGGUUUGCCUCCUCGAGUCAAACUCAACCUGAUAAGAAAGCGCAAGCGGCCCAACUUGCCGUCCAAUCAUUAAAGGAUUUCGGUUCGCUAUUAUCUCCAUCAUCAGACGAUGCUACGCAACCGAUAGACACUAGACCCAUUUACGAAAAUCCACAGCUGUUCCCCAACUUAUCCCUUUUACACCAAGGACAAGUUGUGACGGAAUUGCAGCUGAAAUAUGAUAAAAAUUGGAACAAGUUGCUGAAACAAGAUAAAUUAUUGGGAUAUUUCAUAUCGUAUGGUGAUUGGGGUGUGCGUGAAAAAUUCUCCAACUGGAACAAUCCUAGUUCACCUCCAUUGGAUUUGCCGUUCCAUGUGCCGAGUCAAUUGAAAAGUUUGAGUCCGAAAGGGACUGAUGUGAUUAUGCCAUUAGAGCCAGUGAAGUUGAGUGAAACCCCUGUAAGAAUCGAUCAAUUUGAUUAUAAAAAAAUGGAUCCAGCUAGUAAAGUUUGCAUAUAUUUGAUUGUGUUUAUUGCUAUGGUUGCUAUUUAUCGGGAUAAGAAUAUCGGCGAAGAUGGCAAACCUGUCGAGGUCAAGAUAGAAGAUCAGUAUGAAGUAGCGAGACAAAAUGAGAUACAAGAGAAACAAAGAGAGGUUGAGGAACAAGAGAGGAAGCAGAGAGAAAGCCGGAAGUGGUACUAUCUUUGGUUAAAGUAG